CUCGCAGUCGGUCCCGACGUCAACACAUCUCCUGGGCAGAGCAAACGCAAGUCUCCAAUGGCAGAUGACAUGUCAGAACCGCCCACACUGGAGACGGCUUUACGGACGGUUGGUGACUGCUUUGUCCGCCCCGACAAUAACUCCGGACUUGACGAUUUCGGCUUUGCGCCUGAGCACAGGAAUUUCGCCUCAACUCAGCCGACUCCUAAAGGCAACAUGACCAAAGCCAUAAUUAGGCUCCUACAAGUGGGCUGUUGGCCAGACGGCAACCAGACGAAGGUAGACAGAGAGAGCAGAAUGCAAUCGGACGGCAGAAAUGUCGAAACCGUCAAUUUCUCGACUGCAUCAUAA